AUGUCUGAAGCAAAUGAAAGUAUCGAUCCCGACAAUACUUGUGCUAUAAAAGCAAAAUCUUCACAAGAAUGUACGUCGGAAAAACCUAAAAAGGAUUUCAGGAAAAAUAAUCGGUGGAAUAAAAAAAAGAACAAUGGAUCUCGAAAUGACAAUUUUAACAAGAGUCCUUUUAAACGAAAUUUGCCAAAUUUUCACUCAGGUGGGAAAAGAAGGAAACUGGAAGUUGGAAACAGGUUAAAGGAACGCGAUGUUGGGAUCACAGAAUUUAUUGGAAGUGAAGGAUUUUUUGGAGUGAUUAAAGAAAGAUACUCCGACUUUCAUGUUAAUGAGCUUGCUCCUGACGGACAGAUAGCUAAAUUAACAAACCAAGAUAUUCCAUCAGAUGGGGAAGAGCAUGACAGCAUGGAAGAGUCGAAGAAAAUAAUACCAGAUACAAUUUGGAAGCAACUACAGGAAUUAAAAGAAUCAAAAAAUAAAAAUGUUCUAGAAAUUGAUGUAACAGAUAUUUCUAAAGAUCAACGUAAAGCAAUUCAUAAUAUUGCUAAAACAAUGAAGGAUGUUUUAAGUCAAACUAUAGAUAAGGAAAAUAAAAAGAUCUUGAUGAUUUUGCCAAAUGAAGACAGUAAUAGUGCUAGUUAUAACUUUCGGAAAGAUAACAGAAUAAAUUGGAGAAACCAAGGAAAAUAUUGUUACUUUUUAUUACAUAAAGUAAACAUGGAUACAAUGGAUGCUUUGAAUCGGCUAGCCAUGAAUUUACAUUUGAAGCCAAAUAGUUUCACUUACGCUGGGACAAAGGAUCGUAGAGCAUGGACUACUCAGUGGGUUAGUGUAAGGAAAAUUCGACCCACGAAUAUAUUAAGAGCAGCAAAAACUAUACGUGGAGCAUACGUAGGAAAUUUUAAAUUUGAAACGGAAUGUUUGAAACUGGGCAUGUUGAAUGGUAAUUGCUUUAGAAUCGCUUUGAGAAAUGUUAGUGGAACAGAUAAGCAAAUUGAAAAAUCAAUGAUUUCUUUAAGAGAUCAUGGAUUUAUAAAUUAUUACGGUUUGCAAAGAUUUGGUACUGUAGCAACUAUUCCAACUUAUGAAAUAGGCAAAGCUUUACUUCAAGGUAAAUGGAACGAGGCAAUUGAUUUAAUUUUAAAACCUAGAGAGGGUGAGAAUGAUGAAGACUUAAUAGAAGCUAGAAAAAUAUAUGAAGAAACUAAAGACGCAAGUGCUGCAUACAAAAGGAUGAGAAGAUGUAAUAAAGUAGAAGCUAUACUUUUAAAGGGACUCAGUAUAACCAAUAGUAACAAUCCUCAAGGUGCUUUGGAUUUAAUACCAAGGAAUGCCCGUUUAAUGUAUAUUCAUGCCUAUCAAAGUUUCGUUUGGAAUCACAUGGUAUCAAGAAGAAUAAAAGAAUUUGGGAGGAAUCCUGUGGUAGGAGAUCUAGUAUAUGAAAAAGAUAUAAAAUCUGAUGAUAAUGAAGAAGAAUUCGUUUGCAAUAAUGAAGAAGAACUCGUAGCUGAAGAUGAAGAAUCUAAUGAAAAAAUAAGUGAACUUGGAAACGAAGAAGAUGUAAACAAGGAAAUGGAGAAACCGUCUGAAACAUUCGAAGAAUCACCAAAUAUUUUGAUUAAAGAAAUAACAGAUACUACAGAAUGUUGUCUUAAAAUAGACGAAAAUGCAGAGAAAAGUAAAAUUACUAAUGAAAAAGAUGAAAACGAUGAUUCACAUAAUCUUCCUAUGGUAAAAAUUCUCAAAGAAAAAGAUUUGCCAAAUUACAAUUUAGCAGAUGUAUUAAUGCCUCAAGUUGGUUGGAAAGUCACAUAUCCACCCUAUGCUAAACCGUGGUUCGACGAGUUUUUGGCAAAAGACGGAUUAACUACUGAUCUUAGGCAAAAGAAUAAAAAAUAUAAUUUGGGCGGUGCUUAUAGAAAAAUAUUGCAAAUUCCUUCGAAUUUAUCUUGGAACAUUAUGCAUUAUUCAAAGAAACAUAGCGAUCUUAUUAUGUGCGAUAUUAAUGAAAUGAGAAAGUCGCCAGCUCCAAAAGAUGAUCCAGAGGGACAGAUUAAAGCUUUAAUAAUAGAAAUGUCUUUAAAAUCUUCUACAUAUGCAACUAUGGCAUUGCGUGAAAUUUUAAAAUCUGAUACCUCGUCGCAAGUACAAGCUGCUCAGUCUGCUGCUUGUGAUGUAAAAUUCGAGAACUCAAACAUCUCGAAAGAUACUGCAGAAAGUAAAAACGCUAUCGAAGACGAUAAUAAAUCGAACGAUACGGAAAAACAUUUUGAGAUUGAAGAACAAAAAAUAGCAGAUGAUAAAAUAGAAGCAUCUAACUAA